GCUACGGUCUUCUGCUCAAGGAUACGCGAAAAUCCGCUGGAGGAGCAAAACGCGGCGCGUGGAACUCACAAAACAACAAAAAAAAAGCACAACUGAUUCGCUCGAGUGUGCUUGUGUGAAAUUGUGUGUGUGUGCGGGAGUAUCUGUGUGAGUGGAUCGGUCCUGUGUUGUUUGGGCCGUUUAAUUUUAUUAGCACGCCGCGAUGCGUCAUGAAAAUUGCAGGCAAAACACAGAAAUACAAUAAAUGAAAAAUUAAAUAUUAAUUAAAUUUUGCAUACGAAUCGAGCAACGAAUGCCGCGAUUCCACUGAUUGAAAUGUUAAAUAGAUAUUAAAAAUUGAUGGUGUAUUUCGGCCCCACAGUCCUUCUGCCGGAUAAGUCAGACUGAGCCGCUGCCCCCCCUAUAUACAUACAUAUAUAUUGGCAUCUUGGCCAUCGGGUGUGCGUUUAUAUGACUUUAUUAAAAUUGUAAUUCCCCCAACUCGCGCGUGUUCUUACACAUUGUUUGUGGACUUUGCUACCGCUCCAGAUUUCCUUCCCAUUUGUUGUUGCACUUAUCGCGAUUACCGCACGGAGCGCUCUACCUUCCACAUACGACUUCAACUACCACUACAAAUACAAGGGAAACGCCACGUCCUCGAAAAAAAAAAUUGAAAUUGGAAAAACAAUGCAACAUUUGGAGGGCAUUGCACACCUCAGUGCCACGCGGCGGCAGCCACAUCAACAGCAGCAACAGCAGCAACAGCAGCGCAAAAGUUAUGCCCCGGGCAAAAACUGAAAAUGAAACAACUUAAUUAGUAGUUGUAGGAGUCGAGAGCAAAAAGCCGCGCACUCCCUGAAUUCCGAAUCAGACCAGCUCAGCCCGAGGAAGUGGAAGUGGAAGCUGAAGCUAGCUAGCACAACAGAAUUUUAGGGAAUAUUUCGCCGAAGGAGCCGCCCGCUCCCGUAAAUGUGUUCGCGUGUGAGUGAGAGUGGCUGCACUUUUUCGAGAAAAUUAAAUUGAAAGUAACGUCAGAAGAAGGGCGAGUAAACACUCUGAAAUACGAGACGAGCCUGCAUAUAAAUUGUUACACUUUACACAAUGGAUUUGCCAGCGAAAAGGACUUCCACAAUGCCCGUAACAACUUCCUACCACGCCAACAUCAGACGAAGCUGCCUGGCUUUAUUCGCGGUCUUCCUGUUCGCGGCUCACAUCAGCAUAACUUCCGGUCAAAUCGAUUGGGACGACGACGAUGAUCCAGUUUCCACAGUGGCCGUGGAGGCCGUCCUGGGACGAACCGCAUCCUUGCCGUGCGACAUCGAGCCGGAGGCGAAGGACGAUCGGGUGUACAUGGUUCUGUGGUUCCGUGAGAGCGCCGGCAAGCCACUUUACAGCUUCGACGUCCGAGGGCGGCCCUUCGAGAAGGCCCUGUACUGGUCGGACACGAACUCAUUUGGGCCACGUGCGUAUUUCGUUACCGGACAGCAGCCGGCCAAGCUUUCGGUGGACAACAUUCAGCUGGACGACGAGGGCGUCUACCGCUGCCGCGUCGACUUUCAGAACUCGCCCACGCGUAAUCAUAGAAUUAACUUAACGGUUAUUGUUCCUCCGCACCAAAUACUCGUGUACGAUGCCUCCGGUCGCGAUGUUGCCGGAGCUGUGGGUCCAUUGCUCGAGGGCGAUAAUAUUGUGUUGACAUGUGAAGUGCGUGGCGGUCGACCCGAGCCCACGGUGACCUGGCUGAACGGGACGCGCACCCUGGAGGCGGGCAGUGGGGUCUCGAUGGGGCGCCAUGUGACCGUGAACCGGCUGGAGGUGGCCCAAAUCUCGCGCUCCGCCCUGAACAACACGUACCGCUGUCAGGCUUCCAACACGAAGCUGGUGGCGCCCGUGGAGCGCAGCAUCCGCAUCGAAAUGUUACUCAAACCCACAUCAGUCAAUUUAACCAAUAAGUUGAAGGUCUUCGCCUCGAACACGCAGUACAACCUCACCUGCAUUGUGGCCGGUUCGGUGCCGGACACGGAAAUCAAAUGGACGCAGAAUAAUCGGCCCUUCAAACGUGGCCUGCUGUCAACGAGCCAGGGCAAUGGCAGAGUCAUAUCCACAUUGACAUUUUAUCCACAGCCCGAGGACGACGGCACGAUGCUCAAGUGCGAGGGCUCCAACCCACGGCUCCAGAACUCGGCCAUCGAGGACUCGCUCAUGAUGAAUGUCAUCUAUCCGCCACAGGUCACCCUAUCUCUGGGCUCCACACUGCGUCCGGAUGACAUUAAGGAGGGCGACGACGUCUACUUCGAGUGCCACAUCAAGUCCAAUCCCAAGGAGCACCGCAUAAUGUGGUCACAUGACGGCCAACCGGUCACCCAGAAUGUGUCCUGGGGCAUCAUCAUCUCCACUCGCUCCCUGGUUCUCCAGCGAGUGGGUCGGGUCCACUCCGGGUUCUACGCCUGCUCGGCGGCCAAUGACCGCGGGGAAACCCAGUCAGCUCCGGUCAACUUGAGGAUACGAUAUGCGCCCGUCUGCAGCAGCAGCACCAUCACCGUGAUUGGGGCCUCCUUGGAGGAGGCCGUGCCCAUUCCCUGCCGCGUCAACUCCGACCCGCCUGAAAUCGACUUCGAGUGGACCUUCUCCUCCAGCGGGGAGCACUUCGAGGUGCCCUCGGGCCACUACGCCACCAUCCAGGACCCCACCAUGACCACCACCAGCGAUGUGCGGCGCACCGUCGUCGAGUCCAACGAAACGCACUUCGAGAGCUACGUGGAAACCGUCAGCGAACUGAUCUAUACGCCCAAAGGCGAGCGGGACUACGGAACAUUGGCCUGUUACGGCCGGAAUGCCAUUGGAAAACAGUCGGAGCCGUGUGUGUUUCAGGUGGUGCCAGCAGCCAAGCCGGGGGCACUGCGAAACUGUACACUCCGGCCGUAUGUGGUGACCUCCGCCUCGCUGAACUCAUCGAAUCAGACGACAAUGCAUGCCAAUCAAAUGCUGCCCACACAAUACGGCAGACACGAGUCGAAUUACCCGCACAUGGAGUACGUACGUGAGCGCCAUAACAGCAGUGGCGGCAACAAUGCCACUGGCCGGAACAAUGCGCCCAAUAAAAAUAUGAGGGGCAGAACCAGUGCUGGCCAGGCCAAAUCUAAUAAUAAGCAGCUCAGUCAGCAGCAACUGCAGCGCCUCAAGAAGCGGACAUCAUUCACACCGUCGCAGACUUUGGCAGCCAUCGAGAGGCAGCGGCAGAAAAAGCAGCAGCAGCAGCAGCAUCAGCAACAGCAGCAACAUCCGCAGGCACAGCAGCAACACCAAGCCACUGCCGGCAAGUCCAGUGGCGAUGGCAAACCUGAUGGAUCGCCGGCCAAGUCGCCAAAGCAGCGAGUGCGGCGUGCCAGCCAAAUCCCGCAGAGACAGCAGCAACAUCAGCUGGAUGCAGGCAUCCAGUCCCGGCUUGCAGCAUCAAUAACAAGCCAGCGGAAGCCGGCAGAAUCAAAUUUAUCAAUGUCACAUGUAGGCAAAGGCAAAGGCAGCAGCAGCAGCAACAUCAACAGUAGCAGUAACAAUGGCAAACUGCCAGCAAAGUAUUUUAAUAAGCGACAGAAAAACAUGCACAAACAAAGGAAGCAGCAGCAGCAGCACAAGGAAACAAACGAGCACAACAGCAAUAUAAUCCAUCAUUAUGCAACUUCUAGGAGAAGCAAACGGCUGGCAGCAAAUGACAUCUUAGCAACUGUGGCGGCAGCAGCCACAUCGGCAUCAUUAUCAUCCUCCUCGGCCACCUCAUUGGCAGCCACGGCCACGGCGGCGGUGGAAAUCGAGCAGGAUGUUGCUGCUUCCAGCAGCAGCAGCAGCAGCAACAACAAGCGGGCUCGCAAAUCCUUAACCAUCCUUGACAAACAGCAGAAGCAGAAGCAGCAGCAACAGUUGCUGCCGCCGAAUGCCCCGCAAAUAAGCAACCAGCCGGCAGCAGCAAUUAGCGGCAACAAUGUCAAGGAAACAGCAGCAACAUCAGCACAAGUUGCAGUUGCAACGGGAGUCAAGGACAAGGCGUCGUCCAAGGAGGACUCAAAUGAUACCGACGAUGGCGACGACGACGACGACGACGAUGAUGAUGAUGAUGAGGCAGAGAUGGAUGCUGAAACAGAGACUAAUGACGACGAGGAGGAGGAGGAUAAUGGGGCAGGGGCAGGUGCCCACGAUGACGACGCAGACCUGGAUGAAGAUGUGGCCCAGCUGCCCACCGAUGCCGACUACUUGGCCGAUGGUCCUGGCGACCUGGAGGAGUACGAGACCGUGGAGGAGGUGGACGGCCAGCCGAAGCAUGUACACAUGCUGUCCCUGGAGGAGCAACUGGAUCUGGAGUCGCUGGAGGACAAUGUCGAGGAGGAGGAGGCUGGCGAUGACGACGGCGAGGUCGAUGAUAUGUACAAUGUUAGCGAUGAUGACUUUGUGGCCAGCGUGGCCCUCUCCACAUCCGACACCACAGCCUCCGUCACUCAGAGGACAACGGAGGGACCCCGCACCAAGGACAAGGCCACCCAGACCACUGAGCCCGCUGCUGAAUGGCAGCUUCCUCAUUUCGACUACUCACGCAUGGAGUACAGCUUCAGCAACGGAGUCGUCACCCAGAGCUUGCAGGGCGGAUCGGGUGCUGGGGGCGUGGCCGGGGGUGGGGGCGGACACGACGGCUUUGCGGGCGGCGGAACCAUUAAUUUCGACAACUACGACAACAUCAUCUACUCCACCAUGGAGCUGGAGUGCAUGCCCGGCUACGAUGGCGGACUGCAGCAGCAGUUCUUCCUGGAGGCCUACGACUCCAAGACCAAGAAACUGAGGCUCAACAUGAGCAGCACCUAUGUGGAUGUGCCGGUCUUUCGGAUCGAUCUCUCAGAUCUCCUGCCCAUGGACUACUAUCCCGAUGCCCAUCCGGCCCUGCAUUUGGUCGUCUACAGCGUCAAUCAGAAGGGCCGCUCCGAGCCGAUUGUCCUCGAGAAUGUGCCCAUCAAUGAGGCGGACAAGCGUUCAGAUGGUCGCAUGGGCCUGUCGAUUUUGCCACUGGCUGCUCUUCUUGCCGGCACAUUGUUCACCGUGGGCAUAGCCGUUCUAUCCGUGGUGGUCAUCGCCGUUCGCAGGCGUCGUGGUCAAGGAGCAAGGAACAUGUGCGAUGACAAGGACAAGCACCUGGGCAUGGAUGUGACGGUGACAGCGCCGCUGGAAACGGGAGCGGGCCAUCAGCGGUUGGUGGUGGCCUACACCCUGAAGCAGGGCAUCGAGAAGCAGCCGGACAUAUUGAGCGCCCAGAAGAGCGCCUCGACUGGCGGUGACGCCUCGUCGCCGCUGGGAAAUCGGCCGAGUGGUCUCUUCGCCGGCGGAGGAGGGGCAUGUGGGGCAUCCGCCGCUCCCAUGGCCGGCAUCGCUGGGAGCCACAAGACCACGGACUAUGACGCGAAUGCGCCGCACCUGAACAGCCCGCCCUCGCAGUCCAGCACCUUGAAGCUGGAGAGUGACCCCGCGGCGGCGGGUGGCGGGGGUGCCGGUGGCGGUGCCCGGGGCGGGAACGGGAACGGCCCCCCACUCCUCUACGACGCCAUGCCCACGCUGAGUCGCUACGAGCAGCUGGGCCUGAGCAUGGCCAGCUACUCCGCCGGAGCGGCGGGAACAGGGGGCAGCAGCAGCACACUGAGCUCCGCCGGCAGCACUGUGAGCAACGCAAUGGCCGCCAACGGAGCCGCUGGGGGAGGGGGCUAUGCCGCCCACCUGCACCACACGUUGCCCCACAACCUGGCCCCGCAGCGGGGCCACGAUCCGCUCAACCUGGCCGACUACCUGACCACCAGCAGCCUCAUAGACUACGGCCUCAACAAGCCGCCCGCCGCGCACAUGACGCUGCCCAAGGGCAUGGGACUGGGCCUGGGGAUGGGCGUGGGUGUGGGCGUGGGCGUGGGCAUGGGUCCUGGAGCGGGCCUGGGCAUGGGAGUGGGAAUGGGAUCCGGGAUGGCCGCCGGCACGAGCCUGUCGCCGUCGCAGCUCAACACCAUCACGCACAAGUCGGCGGCAGGACGCAACCACAUCAUCACCGAUACACUGCCCGGACCCGAGAGCUGCGUCUAAGCACAUGGCCUGCGAGCUCAUCCCGUCAUCCUGGCAUCCUGGCAUCCUCGCAUCCUGGCAACCCGGCAUCCAAACAAAAGACUGGCGCACAGCAGUAGCCCAAACACAGCCGAAUCAAAGUGACAGCGAACUACUAACUAGUUAUGUGAAGUUGCGGUCAAAUUAGUGGUAGAUAGGGUUUUGGGUAGUGCUUACAAAGUAUAUUAUUUUUAAUGGCAAUAGUUACUUUAUAAGAUAACUGAUACUUUAGACUAGCAAGAAAUAGUCGAAAUUAACCGCUUACCGACUUAAGGAAUACAAAUUUAAAUAGUUUAUUCUUUUAAAUAAUAAUUGUUAAAUCAUUUUGAGUUCACUAAAACAAACUUUUUAAUUACAAUUUAAAAAUUAAUACGAUGAUUAUUGAUUAAUAACGGAAACUUUAAAAACAGUAAUUAGGUAAAAAAAAAAAUGGAAAAUUAUAAAAAAAAUGUUUUAGUAAUAAAAGAAAUAGGUAAUGAACUAGAAAAAUGUUUUUUUAAAUAUACCUUAAACUUAUCGGUUGAAAAAUAAAUCCAUGUCUGUUAUUUAUAAUUCUUUUUAAGAGUGUUUAUAAGUUGUAUGUCUUCAAAUUUCGAUCAUUUUUUUUUGGAAGCCAUAAGCAACUACUAUUAAUUUGACCGCAACUGUAUAUGGAAACCCUGUUCGGCGACGUCGUUUAGAAGUAAUUAUUAGACCUAGAGGAGUAGCUAAAGUACGAAUAUGUAUAUGUAAUGCGUGUGUCUGUGUCUCCGUUCCACUAUGGGGAAUUUGCCCGAUUUUUUGGAAUAAAUUAAUAACUCGCGAACUAUGUAACAUAUUUCAGUGAGGUUUUUUUAUAGUGUUCUACAUACCUAUACACACCUGUUGGAAAAGUUAAAAUAUAUCCACCCCCCCUCCCCCAUUUUUAAAAAUUUUUUUUAACAAAUUUAGAGCUAAAUGCUCUUUAUUUUCAAUUUCAAAAAAUCAUAGUCGUUUUCUUCUUCAUAAUUAUCAACAUCUAGAGACUCGUGUUCGGGUUCAUAUUCGCAUAAUAACAAUUGAAUGACUUCUGUUGGAAGAGCAAACAGCUUAUGUUUUCGGACGCGCUUCUUCAAAUUCAUAGAUGAAAUGAUGGGGUCUGAAGUAACCAUGGCUCUCUGAAAAACAUCUGUAAAGUUGGAGAUUCGACUGUGGGAUCAACUAGCUUGCUAACAAAAGUGAAUUCGCCAUCUUCUUUUUCUCGAAGACCCUUUUGCUUAUGCAAAACUUCCAGCAGUGCUGCGUUUUUGAUCAAGAGAUUGGUUUCUAAAAAAUGAAAUUACGCGAAAAGUCGCACGAAGCGCACAAUGAGACAAUAUGUUCUGAAUUCGCAAUUAAUGACUCUACAACAUGGAUAUAGACACUCACUGAACAAAGUUAAACAUUUUUUUAAAACUCUAUUGAAAGUUUAACUUUCUUUCCAAAACCCAAACGAAAACAUCACCUGCUACAUUUACAAAUUGUUAAAAUUGGACGCACAUAUAAAGCAAUAUAUAAGUAUUUUUACACAGAACAUACCUUGAGAAUUGGUAAUCUUUUUAAAUUUGACUGUCUUACGUCAUUUUGUUGCAGAGA